GUCCACGACAAGUUAGCAGGACGUGUGUUGAACCCGUCAGUACGCACAGUUUACAUGGAUGCUAACUGGAUUUGACAACAUUUGCCGCUGACAACAACAUAGUGAGCAGGAAUCCUAAUUCACCUGGAAAACCUGGAGUAUUAUAUUUACAAGACUUUUUACAAGGCUACCUGCCUACUUUAAUGACCUGCAGAUGGAUAACCAUGGCACAGAUACAUGUCAGGACCAAUCAGGGCUAGUGCGUACAGGCACACACACAUGGCCCUGUGAGCUGUGACUGUGACUAUCAAGGAAAUUCCUCAGUCCUCCAGGGUCACCUACGUGGGCUCUCUAUCUGGCCAUUUGUACAGCUGCACAAGCUUCUGUUUCUACAACACACACACGCACAGAGCACACUCUGUAUGGACAUGUUGUCUUAGUCACUCAAGAGGUCACUGGAAGCUGAAGUCAUUAUUUGCCCCAGCGCAGUCCUAUGACCAUGAUGGUGCACUGAAAUUGAGAGAGAAGCUUGGGACUGUUAAGUAGCAUGACCUGAAGUGGAUCACUUUCAUCAUCUAAAGCUGCAGCAAAACAAAGGCUAAAGCAGAAUGUUCCAGGGACACGAGAUGUCUACUGAGGAAAAUCAGACACAGGUCAAGGCUGUAGUUCUGGCUCAGCGUUCUACACCCCCAUCCACUGGGAGCAGACCCAGCAGAGAGGCGAGACACGCAAAUGACAGCCAGGAAGUGCGGCAACACUUGGACCAACUAUGGCAUUCAAGACAGCGGAGCAGCCCUUCCCUCCUCUUGUAUAGGAAGUUGCCAUGUGACAGUGGGAAAGUGGCAAUUUUGGACGAGGGAUACGAGUGUUUGGAGUACAGAUCAAAACUCUCGAGUGCUGCGGAGAAACUUUAUCCAGAGCUGAAGGCUGGCAAGAAAAUUGAUGGAAUAACUAACACAGCUAUGCCGAUACCUGGGAAAAGUUCAGAGGGCUCUCCGUGCCAGCUGGACACCCCUGGGGAGGGCGUGGAUGCAGGCAGAAACAGAACUGGCAGCGCCCACUGCUCCUGCACUCUGUCUAGCCUUUACACAAGUCCAAACAUCUAUUGUUGCCACAGCUCCGGAUCCAGUCCGAGCCCCAGCUCCAGCCCUGUUCACAGUCCCAGCCCCUCGCAACCCAACCAGAGACACAUUCGCCGCAGCAGCCUGCCUGUGUCUAUGCUGGCUUUCCACAAGAUAUCACCCUGCCUCUCACCCCACUGCAGUCCAUCCAGUGAACCGAGCUCUGUGGUGUCCUCUCCCUGUAAUUCCCCCCUUCCCAAGCACCGCCAGCAUCAGCAGAAUGGACACAUUCACCGGCGCCAUCUCAAAGAUGGCUACUCAAGUUUAGAGAGGCUCAACAGGAGGCCCAGGGUUGACAAAUACUCCUUGGAGAAACUGUUUCUGAGACGAGCAUCUCUAGAAAGUAUGAGGACAAACCUGAGGCAUGAUGAGACGUCAUCCUCAGGAGUGACCAGGAACUGCAGCGAGGAUAGCAGCAGUGAUGAGGGGGAUGGGGAGGGGCUCUUGGAUAACACAGAGUUUAUUAGGAACCGUAAAGAGCGGUCCACUGUCCUGGUGAGGCGCUUCUACAAGAAUAAUCAAAAGAUGACCAAGUCAGUGUGUACUGGAACCAGAGCGAUUGUCAAGACGCUGCCGUCAGGACACAUCUCAGAGGAGGUCUGGGAGGUGGUUGUUAAUCACAGGAUAUGGCAACCCAGCAAGAAGGAUGUGUGGCCAAUCGUAAUGCGUGGUAUGGGAGAAGAAUUCAGAGCCUGCGGGGAGAUACUGCGUUAUGUUGGAGUAAAGCUACAGCUGGUUAACAACUAUGUGCAGGACAGAGAGGAACUCCACCUGAUUCAUCCUGCCAAAAAGCUUCUGCUGUCUUGCCCUGGAUGCAUGUGUCUCAGGGAGUCUCAUCGGCCGUCGCACCCUCUCAGCACCAGCCCAGACAGACCGGGCCUGAACCCCUGUCUCAAGUCUGGAUGUUGUCACCCUUCUCAUCCACCUAGGUUUUAUCUUGCCUGUGACCAGCGGACGUCGGUGUGUUCACUUCUGACCGGAGCUCUGCUUGAGGCCACAGCAGCUCUCGGUGCCCGCUCCGCUCUGCCCUACCCUUUGCCCCAGGCCCCCAACAGCCACGCUGUGCUGAAAGAGCGUCAGCUGGCCAACAGUAUGACCACCGCAGGCUCUCUUCCUCCCAGUGUCAGUGGGAUCAGUAAGGAGCUGGCUGAGGUGCGCCACCUUGUUCAGUUCCCUGAGGAGAUUGCCUGCAUCCUUACUGAACAGGAGCAGCAGCUUUACCAGCGGGUCUUUCCCUUGGACUACCUCUCUUUCCUCACUCGAGACCUCGGCAGUCCCGAGUGUCAAACAAAACGACAUCUGAACCUCAAGGCCUCGCUUUCAGUGCCUGCCAUGCCUACCCAGAGUGCUCAGCGAAGUAACGCUGUGGAGGAUCUGGUGGCACGCUUCAAUGAGGUGAGUUCGUGGGUGACGUGGUUGGUCCUGACAGCAGGGUCCAUGGAAGAGAAGAGAGAAGUCUUCUCCUACCUGGUCCAUGUCGCUAAAUGCUGUUGGAACAUGGGAAACUACAACGGUGUCAUGGAGUUCCUGGCUGGACUCAGGUCCCGCAAGGUGCUGAAGAUGUGGCAGUUUAUGGAUCAGUCAGACAUUGAAACCAUGAGGAGCUUAAAGGACGCCAUGGCUCAGCAUGAGUCUUCCUCUGAGUACAAGAAGGUUGUGACCAGAGCGCUCAAUAUUCCAGGAUGCAAGGUGGUGCCAUUCUGUGGGGUUUUCCUGAAGGAGCUGAGCGACGCGUUGGAUGGGACAGCGAGCAUCAUCAGCCUCAAACCACCUGUGGACAAUCCAGAGGACUCAAUAGAGUUUGUGUCCGAUUACAGCGGCCAGCACAACUUCAUGUCGCGAUCUGGUCCAGACGGACUACACGUCCCAGAGAAAGAAGCUACUGUCAGCAACAUCCUCCAGAUUAUCAGAUCUUGUAAUCGUAGUUUGGAGGCAGAGGAUCCUGAUGAGACGUCAACCAGUCCCUCUUCUACUGGCCCAUCCCCUGCGUCCAGAAACAACUCCUUCAGGGACCGCUGCCGCAAUCAUUCCCAUUCAACUAAGACACUGCCAGAAUCAAACCGUGUCUUAUUCAUGGUGGGGGAUUUGUCGGAUUCCGAGGGCGACUUGUCGUCUGAGCCGGUGGUGAAAGAGGUGGAGUUUCAGGGGACUGAGGAGACACACAGAGCUUUCAGCCAUGGCACUGAGCUCAUUCCCUGGUACGUGUUGUCGCUACAACCAGAUAUACACCAGUUUUUGCUGCAGGGGGCUACAGUCAUCCACUACGACCAGGACAGCCACCUCACUGCUCGCUGUCUGCUGCGACUACAGCCUGACAACACAACGCUCACCUGGGGUAAGCCUCAGAGCGGAGGGGCUUCCCCCACAGAGCAACCACUGGGAUUAGGACAGACUGUGGUGGCAGGACUAGCAGAGGGCCUUCUGGACCUGGGAGUGGUGAAGGCGGUGUUCCUGGGUCAUCAGGGAGUGGAUGUCCACGCUGUAUGUUUGCAGAACAAGCUGAGCCAGCUGACAGUGGAGGAGAACGGUCUCAGUCUCCUCUAUGGCCUCAGCACCACUGACAACAGACUCCUGCACUUUGUGGCCCCGAACCACACGGCACGGAUGCUCCAUAAGGGCCUGUCUGAGUUGGUGAAUGCAACCAGAAAAUUAAAGAAGUUCCCUGACCAGAGGUUGCAGUGGCUGAGGAAGCAGUAUGUCAGCUUGUAUCAGGAGGAUGGCAGGUACGAAGGCCCCACACUAGCUCAUGCCAUUGAGCUGUUUGGUGGGCGGAGGUGGAACAUGGGCACAGGUGGAGUGGAGAAACCUGCCGCCCAGAAAAACAGCCCUCUGAGCAUCAACGAUAAGACCAAGAAGAAGAAGAAGGUCCUCGUCAGGGGAGACAGUGGGGACGCCACGGAUGAUGAGAUGUUCUCCAGGAAAACACGGAGCUGUAAGGAGGGACUGUAUCGAAACGGACCGGAGUCUGACAGCAUUGACCAAGAAGAUCCAGAGGACAGCUUCCCUGGACCCUUCUCCCUCUCAUCCAGUAAAAGCCCUGGAUUGCUUGCCUCUUCUUCCUCCUCCUCCUCUUCCUCCAGCAUGGCAGGGUCCAACCAUUCUCGCCCGCAAUCCUCUCCCAUCCUCUCCGGAAUUGUUAAGUCACAGCCAGGGGCGUGGAGCAGCAGGUCGUGGCACGGUCGAGGGAAAAGCUGCCUCAAAGGCUUCCAGAAUCUCAUGAUAUCUGACAGCACGAUGAGCUUCAUCGAGUUCGUUGAGCUCUUCAAGUCAUUCAGCAUCCGUAGCAGGAAGGACCUGAAGGAGCUGUUUGACACCUUCGCUGUCCCCUGCAGUCGUUCAAGUCCAGAGUCGGCUCCUCUCUACACCAACCUCAGCAUAGACGACAAAGACACGGGGCUACAGCCAGACCUCGAUCUAUUAACCCGCAACGGUUCUGAUCUUGGCCUGUUCAUCCGGACGAGGCAGCAGAUGUCUGAUAACCAGAGGCAGAUCUCAGACGCCAUUGCAGCAGCCAGCAUCGUGACCAACGGGACUGGAGUGGAAAAUGCCUCACUUGGCGUUUUGGGAUUGGCUAUCCCUCAACUUAACGACUUUCUAGUCAACUGUCAGAGAGAGCACCUGAGCUACGACGAGAUCCUCACCAUUAUACAGAAAUUUGAGCCGUCAUCGAGCAUGAGGCAGAUGGGUUGGAUGUCAUUUGAAGGCUUUGCAAGGUUCCUGAUGGAUAAGGAGAACUUUGCUUCUCGUAAUGAGGAAUCCCUGAUAAACCCGGAGGAGCUGCAGUACCCUCUGUCCUACUACUACAUCGAGUCUUCUCAUAACACCUAUCUGACUGGACACCAGCUCAAAGGAGAGUCCUCCGUUGAGCUGUACAGUCAGGUGCUGCUGCAAGGCUGCAGGAGCGUCGAGUUGGACUGUUGGGACGGAGAUGAUGGCAUGCCGGUUAUUUAUCACGGACACACGCUCACCACUAAGAUACCCUUCAAGGACGUGGUGGAAGCAAUAAACCGGUCUGCGUUUGUCAAUUCGGACAUGCCUGUCAUCCUGUCCAUUGAGAACCACUGCUCCCUUCCACAGCAACGCAAGAUGGCUGAAAUCUUCAAGACCGUGAUUGGGGAACGUCUCGUGACACGCUUCCUCUUUGAAAGCGACUUCAGCGACGACCCUCACCUGCCGUCUCCGCUGCAGCUGCGGGGGAAGAUCCUCCUCAAGAACAAGAAGCUCAAAGCGCACCAGGCACCGGUGGACAUCCUCAAACAAAAGGCUCACCAGCUGGCCCACAUGCAGGCCCAGGCCAGCAAUGGGUCACCAGGGGUUACUUCGCCUAGCAACCACACCAAUGAAGAAGAGGAAGAAGAAGAAGACGAGUACGACUACGACUAUGAGUCUCUAUCAGAUGCUGACGUCCUCACAGCCUCUACUGCCUCAUAUGGCCUGGAAGAUAACAUCCUGGAUGACAAGCCAGAGGGGAAGAGCUCAGCAGAUAAAGAAGAGCAACCUGUUGAUGAAAUACCGAAGAGGAUGAAGAAGUCUGAUAGCACCACGCAGAGCAAGGGAAAGGUGUUUGACAUGGAGCUGGGCGAAGAGUUUUACCUCCCUCAGAACAAGAAGGAGAGUCGACAGAUUGCCCAGGAGCUGUCUGACCUUGUCAUCUACUGCCAGGCUGUGAAAUUCCCCGGCCUGUCCACCCUGUCUCCAGCCGGCUCUAGCAGAGGGAAGGACCGAGGAAAGAGCAGGAAGUCCAUAUUUGGCACUGCUCCUGCUCGCUGCAGCACAACAGGGGAGGUCACGACCCAGAGCCGCACCCCUGGGAAAGGUGGUGCUGAGCGGCUGAGCUGGGAGGAGCAGCAGACGUCUCCCGUCCUCAACCCACCCACCUCUCUCAGCGCCAUCAUCCGCACACCCAAGUGCUACCACAUCUCCUCGGUCAACGAGAACGCCGCCAAGCGCCUGUGCCGGCGGUACUCUCAGAAGCUGAUCCAGCACACCGUGUGCCAGCUGCUCAGGACAUACCCAGCAGCCACCAGGAUCGACUCGACCAACCCCAACCCUCUGCUCUUCUGGCUGCACGGAAUCCAGCUGGUGGCUCUCAACUACCAGACUGAUGAUUUGCCCAUGCAGUUGAACACAGCUCUGUUUGAGGCCAACGGCGGCUGUGGCUAUGUCCUGAAGCCAGCGGUGCUGUGGGACCGCAGCUGUCCACUCUAUCAGCAGUUCUGUCCGAUGGAGAGGGACGUGGAGAAAAUGAGCCCCGCCGUCUAUUCCCUCACUUCAAAACAUAUUUUCUUGUUGUGUGUUUCAGGUUACAGACAUGUCCAGUUAAGGACACAACAUAAUGAACCUCUGGAGGUAUCAAGUCUGUUCAUCUUCAGCCGCAGAACAGAGGAAUGUCCCACAGGGGGCGCUAUUCCCUCAUCACUGCUGUUCAGUUCAGAGGAGAAACGUGCGUCACUGCAGAACAAGGUGACGGUGUACGGAGCCCCUGGUCCUGAGCUCUUCACUGUGUUCGGUGUUACAGAACAGACGACCGCCAAGCAGCUGCUGGACACGGUCGUAGCAUCCACGGGAAACCCGUCAGAGUACUUCCUGUGCGAGGAGAAGGUCCCUCUGCUGAAGGAGCGCAGCGAGAUGAAGCGCUGUGCUCAGCACCGUCCUCUAGCGCCCGAGGAGGAGGUGGUCAGACUGGUGUCCAGCUGGAACUCUGAGGAGGGAUACGUGGGGAGGAUCUGCCUCAAGACGAGAGAGGAGAACUUAAAUGAGAUGAACUCGGUGCCAGAGGGAGAGGAGGAGGUGACUGUGGGAGGUAGAGAAGGAGCAGGAGGUGGAGGAGGAGGAGCAGCAGAGGACGACAUGUUCUUUGUCCAGGUCCAUGAAGUUUCACCAGAACAGCCUCACACUGUGAUCAAGGCCCCGCGCUACAGCACUGCUCAGGACAUCAUACAGCAGACUUUGUCAAAGGCCAAGUAUUCCUGCAGCAUCCUAUCCAAUCCCAACCCAUGUGACUACGUCCUGAUGGAGGAAGUGACCAAGGACUCCGGAUCUAAGAAGACCUCCGCCGCCAAGCCCCUGCAGCGGGUGCUGCUGGAUCACGAGUGUGUCUUCCAAGCUCAGAGCCGCUGGCGAGGAGCGGGAAAGUUCAUUCUCAAACUCAAAGAGCAGGUGGUGCGGGAAGACAAAAAGAAAGUAAUUUCCUUCGCCAGUGAGCUCAAGAAGCUGACCAGUCGCAGCCGCAGCAUGACGACUGGCGGUGGAGUAGACGGUCCCGCACAGAGGUAUCUGUCUGCAGCUGCAGGGCUGAAGGCGUGGGUAGCAGAGGGCAGGGUGGGUGCAGGAAGGUUCCUACAGGCCUCUUCUUCCUCGUCUUCAUCCUUUGGAGGGCAACGCCAACCUGUCCAACUACCCACCUCCUCUCUGACCCCCCAAGCCUGGAAGCUUCACCUCCUCAGGAACUGGAAGAUUCACAAAUGAAGUCCGGAGAGAGAGACACUUGGGUUGACCACUUCUAAACUUGGAGGAUUCAUCUUUCCUAAAGAAAGGCGAGAUGUCCCGACACAUUGUGGAAAUCUGCGAGACGAUAUCCCGCCUUGUGUUAGUUGAGCAAGCGGGGGACAUGAUUGAACGGGUUAGGUGACAGAUGCUCAGCCCCUUUGCUUGGUUGAAUGCGUCACUUUAGAGCAGUGAUGGUCAUGUGGGGGCAGGCAGCACUGGCUCCUCGUGGUUUAUUGGUUGUAGUGUGGCUCUACAGAGAGUCCAGAGUACCAGGAGCAGCUGCUGUUAUUGAGGUCAUUGAGUAUGUGAUCAGGAAAAGCUGACAAGUGUUCCUUUUCUUACCAAUAUAAAGGAAGACUUCCCUGAGUCACAUUCAAAGGAUGAGAGGUAUGGAUGCCAGUUUUUUUUAUCUCCUAAAUAUUACACCACGAGACAAAAAGGAGGUCUGCAAAAUGGCCUCUGGAUUGAAUGAGUUUAAGUUUAAUCAAGUGUCCUACCACAAGCUACAAUAUCAUGUAUUUGGUUUAUAAACUAUCCCCCCUUUCUGGUAUCGCACAAUGAAAGCACACAGCAGACGGAGGGAGAUCUGCUUGUAAAAACUGAAAGAGAGAUGUAGGAGAGUACGAGGGGCCUGACGAGGUGAAACAGUAUUCUUCUCUUUCUCAGGUAUGGGCUCUUUAUUUGUCUGAGGGCAUUGUGAAGGAGGCUGACAAGCUGGCUUGUUUGGUUCUUUUCUUACUGUUCCACUUUCACAGUACUGUAAGGGCACAUUUGGGGCAUCGCUCACAGAAAGACACGACAACGUGCUGACACAAAAUAUUCACGUGUUCUGUAAAGGGAGCAGCAAUGCUUCUGGCGGUUUCUUGGACACUACUGUCGCUGCCCUAAAGGUGAUGAUACAUGGACAGCAUUUUGAGGCGGUGAAGCUGUGCAAUAGAGGCAAAUGUGGAGCAGCUUUUGAUGACUGUGUUGAUAAAGUUGCCCUUACAUGUUGCCUGAAAGUUGCAGUGUGUAGGAUUUAGGGAGAUCUAUCGGCAGAAAUUAAAUGUAAUCAUAACUAUGUUCUCGAUGUUCUCAAUGAGGCUGUCAUAUAUACACAGGCAAUUGGUUCUCUUCAAUGGAGCCCGCCAUGUUUCUACAGUAGCCCAGAACGGACAAACCAAACACUGGCUCUAGAGGUGGCCUUUUGCAUUUUCAUGUUACCUGGAGGCCACCACAUGGAAGGGUUGAGGGGUAUUCAGUUGGUUGCAAUCUGCAAUCUCACCACUAGCUGGCAUUAGAUCCUACACACUGCACCUGUAAAAUGUUGCAUUACUGCCCUCAACUUUUGGUUGUUUUGUGGCUCUGAGGACAAUAAGUGGCUCGUUUCACAAAGUAUUUUAAUUCUGUCAUCAUUGUCCUAAUUAUGUCAACAGGCAUCUUAUCUGGCCAGAUAAAUAUAUAUUGAUAUAUUGAUAGUAACAUUUAUCGAGGAAUGCAGGGUUUGAAAUAUUACCAAAACCUUUUCAAUGGCUUCUGUUGAAAAAUUUAAAAAAAUUUGUCUAUAAAACCUUUUCAUUUGUUUAAAGGUGCUAUAUGUAACUCUGGAGAAAAAUAAAUGGUUGUUGAGUCUCAUUUGUAGGUAGUCACAUACUGACAUUUUGGAAUAGUGGUUCGAUCAAAUUACCAACCCAAAGUGACAAAAAUUUAUGACCUACGAAUGAGACCCAACAUUUAUCCUUCUCCAGAGUCACAUACAGCACCAGAAGGAAAAGAAGUUUUCAAAGGUUAAAUUGUCUAAACAGAAGUGGCUGUAAAAAACCUUCACCAAAAUAAAAUAUGGCCUAAAACUGGCAAAAUGAUCAUUUGAAUUCAAAGUUAUCUGAUAGAAAAUUAAAAAUCUGACCAGACUUUUAAUUCCAGGCUCCUAGUUCUAAUGUUUGUAAUGUUAGCAAGCAAUUUUGGCUAAAUUGAAAAUUGUAAACCUGUUGACCUCAGUGCAAAAAACACUUCAUGGGCAACAAAAAAUACCUAAAACUCCUUUAUUUAAUUGGAACAAUGAUGAUUUCAGCACUAAGAUCCUUUGGAGAAACAGCCCCGUCUUCUUCAAACAGCAUUUUGCACAUUUUGUUUUUCCUUUUUCUGUCAGUAUCUUCAGUGUUUAUGUGUUAGAUUGUUCUGAGAUGGUCGAUAGUGAUUUUAUUAUGAUCAUCAUAUUUAUUACUUUUCAUUUUGGCCCUGUUGCGUAUUUAGUAAAGCACAAGAUAAAUGUUUGGAUUGUUUUGAAAACUCUUUGUCAAAGUAAUUUGGGUCUGUAGUCUGAGCCCAAACAUGAAAUUGCCCACAGGAAAAUACUCUUAAAAAUAGAAUGGAUUGCAUUUCAAUUUAGUUUAUUGGCUUAAAUUUACUGUCCUUGAUAUUGAAUGUAGAUGAGUAGUAUUGAUUGAUUGUCAAUAAUGACUGUAGACUUUUCUUUAUUUCCACUUACUAUUCGUUUUAUUCUUCUUUCAGAAUUUACUAAAACUUGAUUGAUUUGGGGCCAUUUUUCCCCCUUUUCUGUUUUAAUGUGUAACAUUUCCAUAUUAUUAAAAUGUUGAUUAGUUUAUUAUUUAAUUUGGCAUUUCAAUUAUUAAUACAAAGAUCCUCCCUUUAGUGUAGUCAUGCUGAUCCCUGAGGAGCUCACUAAGAUUUUUAAAUCUACACUUAAACAUUUUAUGUCGUUUGCUCAUGAAUGGUGACGUAACGACAAGAGAAGACCUAAAAGACCUUACCUUACAUUAGGAGGAAAGUCCCUCACCGUCUGGUGGACUCCCACGGUACCUUAUCUAAAAAAAAUAUGUCCAGUAGUUAAUGGUAAGAGACAGUUAUCUGAUCCUGUUUGAAUUGUGCUGUGAUUUUGUUUGUUUUUUUACUUACAAAUUAUCUGACAGUGACAAAUAUGAUAUAUGAAAUUCAUUACACAAUUCAAACAGGUUCAAAACAUCUUUUCUCCCUCACCAUUUACUCCCGUAAAUGGUGAGGGACAUAAAGUUUUCUGACAUAAAGUCCCAUGGUGGUCCACUGGGUGGGGAGGGACUUCACUUUAUUGAGACAAAAUGACAAUUUUCUGAAUAAAAUCUAAAUCUAAAAAAAUUACACCAGUAUAAAAAUUUAAAUUUGCCCGUUGUUAAAGGGAAACUUAGGUAUUUUUUUCAACCCAAUUUCCUUGUGUUUUUGUGUCUAAUGGAGACAACGGUUUUUGAUAUUGGUCUAGUAUUGAGAGAGACCGCAGUGUAAUCCCUACAGGCAAUUCAUUUUUAGUGCUUGUUUUUGCCAUUGACAGGCUCAGAUUGUUAAUUGAAAUCUGACAAUAUUAUGGAAAAGAGAAAUGGAACAUUUUUCUUAACUUUCUCUCCAUAUUCUCAAUAUGUCUCAAUAUUGGACUAAUUUCAAAAGUGGUCUCGAUUAGUCACUUAGACAUGGGAAAAUAGUAGAGUUUGGAAUCCACAAUACGAUAGUAUCACAGUGCUUAAGUCACGAUUCAAUAUUAUUGCGAUAAAAUAUAUUGCGAUUUAUUACCUUUUUUCAACUGUAAAUUGUGUCCCUAAAGGAACAUCUGUCAACAUCCGUUUUAUCUAAUGAGAUAAAGUUUAAAAGGCAAUUUUUUUUUUUUUUUUUUUUUUUUUUGGUAAUGUAAAAAAGUCAGUAUUUAUAAUCAGUGAUGCAGAGCUGCGUCAGUAUUUGUGACGAUACGAUAUUGCCACACAAAAAUACUAUGCUGUAUUGAUUGUUUCCCCACUCCUAGAAAAUAGGAUCAAGGUUCAAUAGUAUCAAAGUUUCCCUUUAACUCACAUUCCAACAUAAAACUUCAGAUGUAAGAGGAGCUUUCCAAAACCUGCAAGCAGUGAAAGCACAAGUAAAGACACCAAGUAUAAUUUUAUUUAAAAAGGUCAAUGUGUGUCCUUUUACUUUGAUUUGUCUUUAAGUAAAACUUUUCUCAGUGCCAAGUGAUGAUGUUUGAAUUUUAGUGCAAUAGUGAAGUUCUGUCUUCGACCUUUUAGGUUUUUGUUCUACUUCUUGUUUUUAACUCUUAUUUGUUAUCUUCACACAAAAAGCUCUCGUCAGUGGUAAGAAGGACGAUCUUUUAGGAUAGUUACAAGUAAUGUAGAUUAGAUUGUGAUCCAAGAAACCACGACUCUAAACUGGUGGUAACUUCAAACUAUCACGCUGGAUAUCAGCUGAUGUAACUACGUGAAAUCCACACCGACUUUAAGCAGAAAGGGACAUUUUCUGUUAAGCUGUAAAUCUAUAAUCAGUGAUGCAGAGCUGCGUUCCUUGUUUUCCUUCUUUCUAACCUGUAGACCUCAUUUCUGAAUGUAACAUUUCUUAACGUGUUGAACCUGAGACAAAUGUGUGUUUGGAUGUUAUUUAUUUCAAUGUGAAGCCCUGGUUGGCAAUUAUCUGUUGUUGUUUAUGUAUAAUUUCCUGUAAGUAGUGUUUUUUUUUUUUUUUUUAAUUUAUUUCAAUAUGUGAGAGGAUAAACUCUCCACUGCCCUGACUUUACUCAAACUAAUUUAGAGACGUAAAGAAAAUAUUUUACUUUAUGUGUAAAAUAUUCAGUAUAGUAUUCAUAUUCCUGGCAUGUUAUUCUGCAGCACACAGCAGCAUCUUUUAAUGCCUUUUAUUUUGUGAGUUUGUAGAAAUCUGGACAAAAGCUGACAGUUUGAAACUUUGUUCUUUUUUUUUAAGAUUUUGGUGUAUUCGCUAUAUCCGCUGAAUAUGACAUGUGUUUGCUGACUGUGGGCUGUGUUUCAUCUUUAAUGCUCUGUUGUUUCCAUAAGAUGUGCAGUAUACCCAUUAACAUCCACUAUGUGUUAUGAUGUGGCUGUCAAGUGAACAUUUGUGUAUUUACUUGAAUUUUUAAAUGGAUGAGAAUUGGUGGAUUUGUCUUAUACCACAAUCACAAUAAAAAUAAGAAAUACUUAA